AUGUCGGGACCUUUGACGAUACUCGUGUCAUCGCGGGCAGUCCUCCCAGGCCCCGACGGCUCGCUCAUUGAAUCGCCCGCAACUAUUGCCGUGUCGGCAGCCACCGGCAAAAUUGUCUCGGUUGAGCCUAGAAUCCUGCCGCGAGACACCUUUCCCAGCGAUGCUACGUACAUUGACCACUCGCCAAAGGUGCUUCUGCCUGGACUGGUCGAUGCGCACGUGCACCUCAACGAGCCCGGCCGCACCGAGUGGGAGGGCUUCUGGACGGGUACGCGCGCGGCGGCAAGUGGCGGCGUGACAACUGUGAUUGACAUGCCGCUGAACGCCAUUCCACCUACGACGACGGUGCAAGGGUUCCGGGAGAAGCUCGCGGCCAGCCAGGGACAGUGCUGGGUGGAUGUGGGCUUUUACGGCGGCGUCAUCCCGGGCAAUGCUGAGGAGCUAAAGCCUCUCGUCGAGGCGGGCGUCCGCGGCUUCAAGGGCUUCCUGAUUGAAUCCGGUGUCGACGAGUUUCCUGCCGUGACCGGAAAAGAUGUCGCUCUCGCCAUGGAUACGCUCAAAGACUCGCCCACUACGCUCAUGUUUCACGCGGAAAUGGUGCCGCAGGAGGGCGCGCCGACCAUUGACGCCAGCAGCUCCGAUGCCACCGCCUACCAAUCUUUCCUCGACUCGCGCCCGCCCUCGUUUGAGACGUGCGCCGUCGAGGAAAUUCUCUCCCUCGCACACCUCGCGCCCAAGCUACAUCUUCACAUUGUGCACCUGUCGGCCACGCAAGUGAUUCCACUGCUCAAGGCUGCGCGCGCCAAGGGCACCCACAUCACCGCCGAGACGUGCUUUCACUAUCUGGGGCUCUCGUCUGAAGAGAUCGACCAGGGAGACACGCGGCACAAGUGCUGCCCGCCGAUCCGCGAGGGCAGGAACCGCGACGGCUUGUGGGAGGAGCUCGUCGCGGCCGACUCGUGCAUCACGACGGUCGUGUCGGAUCACUCGCCGUGCACGCCCGAACUGAAGCUGCUGCCGGCGCAUUUGCAAAAAGAAGUCGCCUCCCAGGACGCUGAGGCGAAGAACAAUGGCGACGGCACGCGCGGCGACUUUUUCGCCGCUUGGGGCGGCAUCUCAUCUGUCGGCCUCGGCCUGCCAAUCUUGCACUCGUCGGCCAAAGCCCGCGCGGCAACGUCGUCUAGCACGGCGGUGCCGAGCCUGGUCGACAUGGUGCGCCUCUGCUGCCAGGCGACGGCGGAGCAGGUUGGGCUCGCACACCGCAAGGGCGCGCUCCGGGCGGGCCUAGACGCCGACAUUUGCGUCUUUGACGACGCCGAGGUGUGGACGUUUUCGCAGGGCGACAUGCGCUGGAAGAACCGCUGCUCGCCGUGGGAGGGUCACGCGUUCACGGGCCGCGUUAAGGAAACGUGGCUGCGCGGCACCAAGAUCUUUGAGCACGGCGCGGGUCGGGACGGCUUGGUCACGGAGAAGCCAGUGGGCGAGCCCAUUACGGAGAGGAGAAGGUAG